CCCGGUACUGAGCUAAGCCUCAAUGCACCUAUAAAAUGUUAUCCGUGAAAUAGGCAGGUUACAUUCGAGGACUCCACUGGAGAUGAUCCAGUCCCGCCUGCAGUCAGACGCACAGUAGCUGAAUGGACACGAGCUCGCCAGACUCACUGGGAAAGACGAGAUUCGCGCUGUAUUCAUGUUCCGGGGUGCGCGCGAAAGCCUUUAGUUUUGGGCUGAUACAGUGGAGAGAUGCAGCUGCUGAGCACAGUGCUGCUGAAUAUGAGCAGACGGGAUGGAACACACUCAAAUUAUUAGUGUAGCUGUAGAUUAACAUCUAACAGGAUUACUUUGGGAAUUAUAAAAGUAUAAGGACAUUUCCUGGACAGACUUUGGCACAUGGCAGUUAUUGAAAGCUGCGAUGAACACGACAGUCUUCAGUAAGUUUGAUCAGCUGAGCUUUGAGGAUAGCGAACAGAAUGUGGAGAGAACCAGCAGAAGCUAUUUAGAGGUGAUUGAAGGACAGCAUUCAGAUUUACUGACGAGCCAUAAAGUGAUGGGUGGCACCGAAGCUGUCAAACACAGGAGAAAUGGUGUAGGGAAGGUGCGGCACAAACGCCAGGCGCUGCAGGACAUGGCUCGACCUCUGAAGCAAUGGCUCUAUAAGCACAGAGACAACCCUUACCCCACCAAGACUGAGAAGAUACUGCUGGCCCUGGGCUCCCACAUGACCCUGGUUCAGGUCUCAAACUGGUUUGCGAAUGCGAGACGUAGGCUCAAGAACACAGUUCGACAGCCUGACUUGAGCUGGGCCCUACGCAUAAAACUGUACAACAAAUAUGUACAAGGCAAUGCUGAGAGACUCAGCAUUAGCAGUGAUGACACAACAUCAGACGAUGGGGAGAAUCCUUUACAGAUUCAGGCCAGUGAACCAGACUAUAGCAGGCCCAUGCACAAGAGUGUUAUUCAGGACAGCAGAGGCAAAGGGUUGGGGCGAAGUACAGACCCCUCAGUUUGUGAUGAUUAUGUGUCUCCACCAAAAUACAAGAACAGCUUGCUAAACCGCUAUCUAAAUGAUUCCCUUCGGCAUGUAAUGGCCUCCGACAAUGUUAUGGACUCUCGGAAGAGGAACCACUCUGGAUCAUUUAGCUCCAAUGAGUAUGAGGAUGAUUUUCUCUCUCCAUCAUCAGAAGCUGAGGCAAACUUCACCUACCGUACUGUGACGUUGGACUGUGGCACAAACCAAAGAGAGAGCGGCGUUCAUAAAGUUGGCGGAGGAGGAAAUAACGAGACCUACUGGAAAGAGCUCCAUGCCGCCAUGGCCCUGACCAACCUGGCCCAAGGGAAGGAGAGCUCAACGCCAGGCACCACCAGCUGUAUCAUCCAGAAGUCUUCCCAUAUAGCAGAGAUUAAGACUGUCAAAGUGCCCACACAACCCUGACAUUAGUGGCUAAAAGACUGGAUGGCGGUCUGUACUAGGUCAUAAUUGCUAAAAGACUACCUGAACACUUUAGUAUGUACUACAUGCAAUAAUUUUGUAGAAAAUGAUCCACAGCAGCUUUUUCUGGGAGGAAAAAUACAUGUUGAUUGACCAACGUGCCUAUUUGUUUUUUUAUUAUUUAUUUAUUUUUCCUCAAGUUUGACGUGUGGAUGAUCACUACCACAGAAGCUAAAAAAAAUGCUCAUUCGGGUUUAUACCUUUCUGAAAUGCAAUUUUAAUAAUUUACAGGUUAAGAUAAAAAUAACUUUUUGUCAGUGGCUAAAAUGUAAUAUAUUCAUAUAUGUAUUAACUUUUCUAAGUUAUGCCAAUUUUAUUAGAUUUUUUAUUGACACAGGAUUGUUGUCAUCCUAUGGCAAUGGCAUAUAUAUGUGCAUUCUUGUGUUUAAGUAUAGCAUAUAGAGGAAGUUUCUAUUUCUUUUUUUAUAUUCUAUCUA